AGGCGCGGGGCGCCGAAGCGCCGCGGCGUCCGGUCCGCCCCCCGCGCGGAGCACGAGGCCCCCGCCCCGCAGGUCCCGCCGGCCGCUUCCGGACUGGCCGAGCGGCGGGGAGCCGAGUGUCUUCCUCCUUUCGACCCAAACUGUUCUCCGCUCCCGCUGAGAGGGAAACCUGCACUUUCUCUGCACACACACACACAUCCCGCCCCAAGUAACGGCGACGGGAUCCAACUUAAGAAGUGAGAUCCCGGGCCGUCGGCCUCGGUGCCCCUCUCGCACGGCCCGGGCGGCGGCCCGCGCCACUUCGCGCGGCCGGGCUGCGUUCUCUCUCCAGCCUUCGCUAGACGGGCGUGGAGGCUGCGAGUGUCAGGGGAGGGGUGCUGGGCGGAGAAAGAGCAUCCCCGCGCCGCCGCGGCCGCCGCAGCCGUCGCCGGCCGCUCCCCCGCCGCCCGGCUGGGGGAGGCCUCGUCACAGCCGCCGCCUCAGCAGCGGCCGCAGAUCUCGCGGUGUUUGCCGGCGGCCGCGCCGCCAUAUUGUGUGACAGUAUUUUGAUUUGCACUGGGCUGGCGGAGCCGCGGCCGGAGCCAGCGAGAGCUGGGGGGGUGGGGGGAGGGCAGGCGAGCGCGAGGGGGGUGGGGGCCGAGGGAGGUAGGGAGGCCGAGCGAGCUGGAGCGGAGGAGCGGGGAGCGGCGACGCCACCCAGCCAUCGUUUUUGAUCUGCAGCAGCCGCCGGCGGGGCGACCCAGCCCGACCCCCUCCCCUCCCCCUCAGCCACGAGCGGCGGCGGCGGCGGUGGCGGCUGGAGGGAGUUGGCGGCAGCGGCCGAUCGGAGGGGCUGAGCGGGGAGGGAGGGAGGGCUGAGGUGUCCCCCUGCCGGGUGGAAUCGGAGGCGGCGGCGGCGCUGGCGGCGGCUGUGGUGGUGGAGGCGGCGGCGGCGACGGUGGAGACGGCUGCCCUAGUGGGAGAGGCGGCGGCGGCCGAGGAGGAGGAGGGGCAAGCUGCGGCGGCGAAGGGCUCCAGACCCAGUUCCUGGACCUGCCCUGGAAAAGAAGUAUCCAGUAGAGAUGAGCUCACUGCAGUUACUUAAUUAAAAAUUUGUAAGCUGCAAAAAUGGCAAUGGGCCAACCAAGAACAGCUACCAUUUGAAUUUUUCUAUUUCCAGAAAAUGCUUGGACAGAAGAGAUGAGUAUUAUUUCCACUAAGGCCUAGAAUUGCCUACUGUACAUAUAGUCCUGAUCAGGCAAUAUACGAAUGGCCCAAGGAAGCCACCAAAUUGAUUUUCAGGUUUUACAUGACCUGCGACAAAAAUUCCCUGAAGUACCUGAAGUUGUUGUAUCCAGGUGCAUGUUACAGAAUAAUAAUAACCUGGAUGCCUGCUGUGCAGUUCUUUCUCAGGAGAGUACAAGGUAUCUUUAUGGUGAAGGAGACUUGAAUUUUUCAGAUGAUUCUGGAAUUUCUGGUCUACGCAAUCACAUGACUUCUCUCAACUUGGACUUGCAGUCACAGAAUGUUUACCACCAUGGAAGAGAAGGAAAUAGAAUGAAUGGAAGUAGAACUCUAACGCACAGCAUUAGUGAUGGACAGCUUCAAGGUGGUCAGUCCAAUAAUGAACUAUUUCAGCAGGAGCCACAGACAGCACCAGCUCAAGUUCCUCAAGGCUUUAAUGUUUUUGGAAUGUCUAGUACAUCAGGUGCUUCAAAUUCAGCACCACAUCUUGGAUUUCACUUAGGCAGCAAAGGAACAUCUAACCUUUCUCAACAAACUCCCAGGUUUAAUCCCAUUAUGGUAACUUUAGCCCCAAAUAUCCAGACUGGUCGUAAUACUCCCACAUCUUUGCACAUACAUGGUGUACCUCCACCUGUACUUAACAGUCCACAGGGAAACUCUAUCUAUAUUAGGCCCUACAUUACAACUCCUAGUGGUACGGCUCGACAGACACAACAGCAUUCUGGCUGGGUAUCUCAGUUUAAUCCCAUGAACCCUCAACAAGUUUAUCAACCUUCACAACCUGGUCCCUGGACUACAUAUCCUGCAUCUAAUCCUCUGCCACAUACCUCAGCCCAGCAGCCAAAUCAGCAAGGCCACCAGACCUCUCAUGUCUACAUGCCCAUCAGUUCACCUACUACUCCACAACCACCAACAAUUCAUUCGUCUGGUAGCUCACAGUCUUCUGCCCAUAGCCAAUAUAACAUUCAGAAUAUUUCAACAGGACCUCGAAAAAACCAGAUUGAAAUUAAACUUGAACCCCCACAAAGAAACAGUUCUUCAAAAUUGCGUUCUUCUGGACCUCGAACCUCCAGCAGUUCUUCGGUCAACAGCCAGACCUUAAAUAGAAAUCAGCCCACUGUUUACAUAGCUGCCAGUCCCCCAAAUACUGAUGAGGUGAUGUCCCGUAGUCAACCUAAGGUCUAUAUUUCUGCUAAUGCCACCACAGGAGAUGAGCAGGUCAUACGGAAUCAGCCCACUCUCUUCAUAUCCACAAACUCUGGAGCAUCUGCUGCUGCCAGGAAUAUGUCUGGGCAAGUGAGCAUGGGUCCUGCCUUUAUUCAUCACCACCCUCCCAAAAGUCGAGCAAUAGGCAGUAACUCUGCAACUUCUCCUCGAGUGGUGGUCACUCAACCCAAUACAAAAUAUACUUUCAAAAUUACAGUUUCUCCCAAUAAACCCCCUGCAGUUUCACCAGGGGUAGUGUCCCCUACCUUUGAACUUACAAAUCUUCUAAACCAUCCUGAUCAUUAUGUAGAAACAGAAAAUAUUCAGCACCUCACGGACCCUACUUUAGCACAUGUGGAUAGAAUAAGUGAAGCACGGAAGUUGAGUAUGGGAUCUGAUGAUGCUGCCUACACACAAGCUCUUUUGGUACAUCAGAAGGCCAGAAUGGAACGACUUCAAAGAGAACUUGAGAUUCAAAAGAAAAAGCUGGAUAAACUAAAAUCUGAGGUCAAUGAAAUGGAAAAUAAUUUAACUCGAAGGCGUCUGAAAAGAUCAAAUUCCAUAUCCCAAAUACCUUCACUCGAAGAAAUGCAGCAGUUGAGAAGUUGUAAUAGACAACUCCAGAUUGACAUUGACUGCUUAACCAAAGAAAUUGAUCUUUUUCAAGCCCGAGGACCACAUUUUAAUCCCAGCGCUAUUCAUAACUUUUAUGACAAUAUUGGAUUUGUAGGUCCUGUGCCACCAAAACCCAAAGAUCAAAGGUCCUCCAUCAAAACCCCAAAGUCUCAAGACACAGAAGAUGACGAGGGGGCUCAGUGGAAUUGUACUGCCUGUACUUUUUUGAACCAUCCAGCCUUAAUCCGUUGUGAACAGUGUGAGAUGCCAAGGCAUUUCUGAGCCAAGAGGCCCUGUGUCUUCUCUAAAACCACAUCUGAAGUUCAAGAAACCAGUCUGUCAUCAGGGGGAGAGUUUCACUGCUUAGGAUUUUGUCAAAUUGAAGGUGCAGCAAGAUGGUGUCGUGCUAGUGUCAAACGUCAGCCCACAGAGCUAAUAAUACCUCAGUCUAAUGUCACAGGCAGUUGAAAGUCAUCACAUGAAAGGGGAUCUGCUGAAAGACUCGGUUGCCCGCUGCCUAACCAUGUACAGUGUUACCCGCAGCCCGUUGUGGAUAACUCUCAGUAUAUCCAUGCCUGAGUGUUCCCGGUGCCUUUUCCCCUCAUGUCACUACUGAAUUUUGACAGGAGGAAGGAAUAGACAGUAGCUUUUUUUCCUUAAAGCUUUGGUGAAACACUACAAACAUGAAGAAAAGGAACAAGGUUUAACUAUUUAAAAACUGUGUGCUGCCGCUUAGUGCCAAUGGAUAGGGGAAGAAGUUCACAAAUCUGUGGUACUCUUGGCCUUUGUCUUUGUCUUCCCUGAAAAUGUCUCCACUCUGUGAAGCCAGCAUCUAGGGUCUAAAGAUGAACAGGAAAGCAGCAUGCAUUGUCUGUACAAACAUGGAGUGAAAUAUCCCCAGAGCUUUUCCUACUGUACAGAUCUCUUGAGUCUGCUUUAAGUGAUUUCUUUUCUUCCUUAUUAUUUUCUUAUAUUUCUAUAUGUAUAGUGUAAUAGUCUUUUGUUAACUAAUUUUCUUUUUUCCUUUUAGUGAUUAAGCACGAUCAUGUCCCUUUUUAAGCCUUACCUGAGCGAAGCAAUGCCUUAAAAGAAAAAAGCAUUAAUGAAAUGAAACCAUGCACAAAAUAACUUUCCUCUCCUUCCUCUGUACUUUGCCCUCAUAAGUGCCGAUGUUCUGUGAAGACAUACGAUGCUGCACAGUGAACUGCAAACAAUAUUACAAGACUUAUGUCUGUAGGUCACACUAUAUACUGACCUUCUCAGUGGGUAGCACAAUUCAGUAUUUUAUCUUCCACAAGGAAGCCUAAAACAAAAGAUAUUUUUAACCCACUGACAGCAACAAGGUUAAGCUUGCUUUACCUGCCGGUGUCCCACAGAACUUUCACCAGAGAUUACUGUUGGGAAAGUACAGUUUCAAAACCAGCAACAAUAGCAGUACCUACAGCCCUUUUUUUGGAGAGAAAUUUAUAUGCUUUACUGUUGGGGCAGUCCAUUUCUAAACCUGACUUGGUGGCAGUAUCUUCUGUAUUUAUAAACAAGGCUAGUCAUAUUUAGGACAACUGAAGAAAAGCUGGAAAAAAGAAAAACAAGCAGACUUGAACACUGAAGCAACCUCAAGCAUCUCUUUAUUUUGAUGAUAUAUUUUUAUAAGGAAAAUAAGUAUUCAGAUGAUCAGGAAUGUAUAUAACUAAAUGAAAUCAAGAAAAAGAAAUAACAGUAUGCAUUUAAACAAACAGAAUUAUGAAAUUAUAUAUCAAUGCUUAGAACGGGGCUAAAGGAAGUGCUGUAAUGUAGCAAGAGAUAGAUAAUGUAGACUGUCACCCACUGUAAAUGUUUGCAAAUGAAUAUUUUUUAAAUAAACGAAAUUAUUACAGGUGAUUCUAUAUGAAUGUCAAAGCCUUAACUUCUAGGCUUUACAUCUUGUAUAUGGGAAGAACUAUGACAAUCCUAGUUAAUUAGACAAUAAGCCCAAAGCCCUUACAUUUGAUGCAUUUUGUUUUAAAAAUAGGCCUUGUUUUUCAGCUUCAUCUGCAGUUCUAUGUGAAGAUUGAUAAAUCAGUUUUUACUUGUUUUAUUAAUAAAACGUAAUUUGGAUAUCUUGA